AUGGGGAGCACUCAGUCAGACUGUUGCCCACAGAGCUGGUGCAUUGUGGGAAGGAUAUUUGGAUUCAACCAGCCAUCUUUGCUGAGGGAGGUGUGGAGCUGCAUUGAAAUAUUCAGGAAGUCUGCUUCCCUCUCCCUCACUUACUGCAGGAUUAACUCAACACGAGGUGCCCCUCCAGAUCCAGAGGUUGAACGUUUCUGCUCAGGACAGUCUGGAGUGCUGACCACAGUGGCCUGCUUUGGAGACGAUACAGCUGACAAGCCAAAGUCUGCCCUGAUCCGGGAACCUGCAAGAGAGAUAUUUGAAGGAGACACAGUGACCCUGAGCUGUAUAGUUGAGGGGGGCUCUGAUGGCUGGAGAUAUCUCUGGUAUAAAGACAGUCAGUCCAGUACUCCAGUGUACCAGACUGACAGCAGCAGUGGAACUGGAGCCGGAUACACAAUCAGUGCUGCUGCUGUGUCUCACAGUGGAGAGUACUGGUGUCGAGCUGAAAGAGGGAGCAAACCGUUUUACUCACAAUACAGCAAUGCUGUCAGGAUACAAGUAUCACAGCUGUUCUCCAGGGUGACUCUGUCAGCCUCUCCGAGAGCCACAGUGAAGGAGGGAGAGGCUCUUAACCUGACCUGUGAGGCAACAAUGAACAAACCCCCCCGCUCUCAACUCCACUACACCAUUCUGAGAGACGGGGAGCCUGUGAUUAAUAGCACUGGCCCUGCACUGUACAGCAUAGCCAGCACUGAGAAGAGCCACGCUGGGAGCUACACGUGUGCUGUGGAGUCACAGGGAGUGAGGAAGAGCAGCCAGGAGUUACAAAUUGAAGUGCAAAUGUCCUGGCAGAGCGCUGUUGCUAUUGGCUACAGAGUGAGCUUCACUCUGUAUCAUUUCAUUUUGUUCACUCUGCUGCUCCUUCAUUACUGCAGGAUCCAAGGUUUCCUGCGUAUCGCUGGUGGUAGGUCAAGGAUAACCUGGGAUCAGGAUCAGGAGCAGUCAGCAGAGGGGAUUGAGCUCUCCAGCCGUGUGCAGCACACUGGAGUGGAACUGGAAUAGUAUAGCACUGUCCUGCUGAAGACCAGUCUGACUGGAAUAGUAUUGCACUGUCCUGCUAAAGACCAGUCUGACUG